AUGGAAGACGAAAUACGAAAUAUUAGUAUUCUGACUUCUACGGAUAUUCCAAAAAUGUGUUGGGAAUGUCGAGCUAUGCUUCGUAAGAUAGUUAAAUUUCAAGAAAGAAUUAAAGCAGCUUAUAAAUAUUUUACUAGUGGUAAAAGCACGCGCCGCAUAAAUUUACUAUCCGGUUUAUCAUACUCGUACACAGACCAAUAUAUAUCCGCACAACACGAAGAUGACAAUAUACAAGACUUAAAAGAUAUAAAAUAUGAUGAGCUUAUAGCUGAUAUACAAACUGACAACAUUAGUGUUAAAGAAGAAGAAUUAUCGGAUAGCAAAUAUGACGAAAUCGAUGAUGUUAAACAUAUUAAUUAUGACGUAGAAAUCAAAACAGAGAUCGAAACCGCUGUUAAAGAAGAGUGUAGCUUAGAAUUUAUUGAAAAUGAAUUUGAUUUAGAUGUUAUAAAAAAAGAAUGGCAGAAGAACAAAAGGAAAAUUAUAUCAGAAAAAAUAAAAAAAGCAAUGAGCGCCAAAUAUAAAAUAAUUUUUAAAGAUGAUAAUAGUAUUAAUUUUACGCGUCAUUUUAAAAAGGUCUCAAUAGAUGAUAAAGAAAGAUUAUAUUGGUCAGCAAUGGAUAAGAAUGUAAGAAAUUUUAGAACUAUGGCUUAUACAUGUAAUUUGUGUACUACAGGAUAUGCCAAGAGCGAAUAUUAUGCGAAGCAUAUGAGAACAUUUCACUCGAAGACAAGCGGAAAUUUUGAAUGUGACAUAUGCAAAAGGAAGUAUAAAUGCAAGUCAAGAUUGAAAAGUCAUAUAAUUGAACACUUUUCAAAAUAUGUCUGCACAAUUUGCAAAUUCGAAACGUACAAAUUGUGGACAAUUAAUGGCCAUUUGGAUUGUGCUCAUAGAAGGGCGGUUAUGUGCUUGUCUUGUGGAUUGAAAUUUGAGAAACGUCCAGAGUUCUAUGAUCAUUAUAAGAAAAUGCAUUCUAAAGUGAUCUGUGAUACUUGUGGAAAGAAAUAUACAAAAAAACAAAGCCUUAUCCAACAUAUAGUCAAACGUCAUUCCAAACAUAGAUGUCAUAUUUGUAAGCGUGAUUAUUCAUCACUCGACGCGUUAACACGUCACAAUAAUCUCCAUCACGUUAUAUCACGCACAGAACAUUGUUACUGCGUUGAAUGUGACAUACAAUUCGAUAAUAUGUCGAGGUAUACUACUCAUUUGAAGACUAGUAUCAAGCAUAAACCGAUUGUAGGAAUACCAUGUCCAGAAUGUAACAAAGUGUAUAAUAAGAAAUGCACAAUGAAUAACCAUUACAAUCAUGUACAUUUGCGAAAGACCAAGUUUUACUGUGAUAAAUGUAAAAGGUACUUCCUCAAUGGCUUCCGUCUCAGACAACACAUAGCUUCCGUACAUGAUAAAAUACCACAGGAAAAAAAUAAAAUAUGUCCGCAUUGUGGUCGAGGGUUUUCGACAAAUCGCAUUUUAACCAAUCACAUACGAACACAUACUGGGGAAAGACCUUACAGUUGUGAAAUAUGUCAAUCUACUUUCACCCAAAAAACAGCUCUCAAAGUGCACAAACGUGCUAUACAUAAAAUAAAAGAU